GAAUUUUCCGCAUUGUGCACGCUGAAAUUUCCCACUGGACCAGACGACAAAGUUGGAAACACGCACUCGCAAGUUGUCGCAGACGCAACCCAACUCGCGUCGGGAGCAUCCUCCACCAUCAACACCCGUCGCCCAAUGGCAUCACACCCUUUCUCUGCAACCCCCUUCAAUACUUGUCAUCCCUCUCCUUUCAUCGCCCUGCCCUGAAGAGCACGGCAGGGUAGAUUGCAGUCGGACCAGAGCUCGCCGUCGUCCCUGAACGGGGUGACUCAGCAGUUCUCGCCUCGCCUCGCUGUGCCGCGCCUCGCACUGCGCACAUCCCUUCUCAGCAUCUGUUCCUCUCACAUGCGUUCAACGGGGCAACCAGGAUAAUCACCACCUGUAUUCAAGGAGCCCAACAGAGCACUCUCUAAUAUCCACUAUCUGCCGUCUGCCGUCUGCCGUCUGCCAGCCAUGUCGUCCAUGGUCAAGGACCCACGCAAGGCGCCGGCGGCAAAACCCAAGGCCUCGCGUCCCAACCCUGCUCGAGCAAUCAACGAUCGAGACCACCGUCGCAAGCAGAUUGCCGAGUACAAUGCCAGCAGGGCCUCUUCCUUGGCUGGCUCCCCGCCUCCCGUCAAUCCCCGCUCCCAGUGUCCCAACCCAAAGUGUUCGGCCCCCAACCUCGUCGACGGAACUUGUCAGUCUUGUGGUGCUGUCGUUGAUGACAGCAAUAUCGUCGCCGAUGUCCAGUUCGGUGAGGCUUCAAACGGCCAGGCGAUUGCUUUCGGUGUCACCGUCGGCCAUGAUCAGGCAGGCCCUCGCUUGGGUGGCCCCGGCUUUGGGCCUCGCCGUGCCGCAGGUGGUGGUGACGGCGAGAACCGCAUCAAAUCAAUUCUCGAGGGAAGGGACCAGAUAACUGCUCUGCUGCACCGCCUGGAGCUGGGCCAGGUUGAAGGCCACCUUCAUCACCUUGCAUUUAACAAAUUCAAGGAAGUCCUCGGUCGAAACUUCUGCCAGGGACGGAGUGUCAGCAGGGUUGCUUGUGUCUGCGUGUAUUGGGCCAUCCGCAAAGAACGCAACACCCCGGUCAUGCUCAUCGACAUCGCCGAUGUCGUCAAGCAGGACGUAUUUCUCCUCGGCCGCACAUUCAAGAAGAUGCUCACUAUGCUCUACGGCGGCGACGAGGCCAAUUACCCCUUUGAGCCCAUGGUUCCCGAGGACAUCAUCCGGCGACUUGCCAGCCGCCUCGAGUUCUACAACGACACCGACAAAAUCCAGACCGCUGCCGUGCGCAUCAUUCAGCGAAUGGAUCGCGACUGGAUGAUGCUUGGCCGUAAGCCUGCGGGAAUUUGUGGCUCCGCCCUUAUCCUCGCCGCCAGGAUGCACAACUAUCGUCGCACCCCGCUCGAGGUGUCCUUCGUCGCCAAGGUCACCACAGCUACCCUGAAGCUCCGUCUGGACGAGUUCGCCCGGCUCGAGGCCGCACAGAUGCGAAUCAGUGACUUUAUGAAGGGGGAAUUCCCCGGCGAGCAGAAGUCACAUGAUCCUCCCGCCUUCUACCGCCAAACCAAGGAAUACCAGGAGGAGAUGGAGAAAAAGAGGAACAAGCCUGGCCGGAAGAGGAAGCGGCCCGUUAUUGACCCGGAGACCGGCGAGCCCAUUCAGCCCGACAAGAGAACCCGCGAGGACGGCCAGCCAGAUUCUGAUACCACGUCUCGGGGCGACGCCACGCCAUCGGAACAGCCGAGGACUGAUGCGGAUGGAUUUGCAAUUCCUGCACUACCUCAACGACAACCUGCCAGCCCCUCCGGUGAAGGCAGAGAACGCGUGACUGAAGAUGACAUCAGUGAGGCCGUGCCUACAGACGAGCAGGAUGAAGUGGACGCGCUUGCAUCCAAGUACGGAGAUGUUCCUCUACCAGGAAUGAGCACUGGAGAUGGUGACCCAGGAUCCUCAGGGACGCAGAAUGCAACCUUGGCUCCAGGCGCGAAGAGUCACCGAAACCGCUUGCAAGGAAGCUCGCUGCGCAACCCUGCCCUGUUCGACGAGAAUGAGGAGUGGACCGAGGAUGAGAACAGGAUGGCCGAAGAAAUGCUCAGCAACAUCAGGGACACCACCUCCAAGGUCUGGGCAGCUGCACUGAGCGAGGCUGGCCAGCGCACCCAAGCGCUGAUGGAUGAGCUUCAAAACCUGCGACCAGCCAACUAUCAACAAAACCAACUGAUUGACGCGCCUCAAGUCACGGAGGAUGAGUUUGCUGACGACCCGGAAGUGCUCAACUGUUUGCUCAACGAGGAGGAGCGCAAGAUCAAGGAGCAGCUGUGGCUCAACGAGAAUAAGGACUGGCUGCGCCUCCAGCAGGAGAAGGAGUUCAAGAAGAAGAUGGCGCCAGUCAAGAAGCCGCGCAAGCCCACAACGCGCAAGCCACGUAUCGGAGAGGGCCAAGCCACACCGGCGAGCUCGGCUGAGGAGGCCGCCCAGGAAACGGCCAACCGGCGCGGGAUCUCGACCAAGAUCAACUAUGCUGCCCUCACCAACAUGGACCGAAAGGGCCCAGGGUCACUGAUUGGCAGUGAAAUCGCGAGUCAGCCGACCAGUCGUACUGGCAGUGCCGAGCUCUCUGACAUGGACAGCGACGAGGAUGAUUAUGACCUUGGCGACGACCAGGGCAACGAGAACGAAGAGGGGGAGCAGUACGACGCCGAGGAUUUCGGGGAUGAUGACUAGUGAUCAUCGAACUCGCGGGAAAGGGGCGGAUGCUUUUCACAGAUGCGUUCACGCAGUACGUGAUGAUGCACGGGAAUUAAGCGCAACUCUUGUUCUAGAAUCCCAUCAGUCAGCACGAUACCAUUAGAAAGUCGCCACCGCACACCGCGCGUGAUUAGAAUUGAUACAAAUAGGAAAUCAUGUACGAUCGGACAGCAGGCCCAACGCGAAGUGGGCGAAGUUGAAGCUCAACAGAUGGUGACCUCGUGCCCGUUCUUGCCCAGCUAUCUCGUAAUAGUUGGGUAAACAAUGGAUGCUCACGGGCGCUCGGUCCGGGCAUUGAACUCGGAUGAGGCAAGUGGGCGGGCCCUGCCGACGGUAU